AUGAAAGCUGUUUUUUGCUUGACUCAUAACUAAUAGGCUGACUUCCUAUGUUUAAAUAGAGAGUGUAAAUCAAAAAAAAUAGUAUGCUCUACUUGCACAUAAGAAUAUAAAGAAACAAUAAAUUGUCUAGAGUUACAUAAAGAAGAUGUCUUGAUCAUGUCAGAUUUAUAAGAGCUAAAAUUUAGCUAAACAUAUGAUUCAAUAAGAGCAUAAUUUUUGAAAGAGGAUGAAUACUUAUUUAGAUAAAUGGCCAUCUUGAAUAAGUUUAAAUUUGAACAUUUAGGUAGAGACUUUUACUAUUUUUUGAUAGAGUAAUCAUAGAAAGGGUUAAAAUCAAAAUAAGAUAAAUUAAACAUAUAAAAUUUUGAUGAAUUAGUAGGAUAUAAUGCUUCUUAAAUUAAGUUUAGGAAAAUAAUAGAAGACUUCACAAUAAAAAUGGAGUAAAAAAUUAUAUAAAUUUAAGAAAAUCAAUUAGAUAGUUAACAAAUUUUAGAUUUAGAAAUGACAACUAUAAAUAGUUUAGCUGAUGAAAUAUAAUAAUUCACAAAUGAUUUAGUUAAUUGUCAGGUUAUAUUUGAAAGUAUCACUAGUUACUAAGAAACUUACUCCGAUUCCGAGAUAGAAAAUUUAUUUAAAAAGCUCAAAAAAAUUAUCUAAGAUUUUGUUGAUAAAAAAUUAAAAAAAAAGAACAAGAAAAAAAAAUUUCCUCAAGAUGAAAUUUAUAAAUUUGAAUCAAAAGUUUUAUAAAACGAAUAAGAAGUUGUAGACAUUGUUGAUGAUUUUUAAGUCAUAAAUGUUAAAUAAGAAAAUUUACUUAAUUUAUAUUCAGCAAACCAAAAGACUUUAGAAUCCAUUUCUCUCAAAUAAAUAUAACCUGAAACUGAAGUUACAAACUAAAUAGAAGAAAAAUCAGAUGUCAUUAUGAAUGAAGAUAGCAAUUAUAUUUUUAAUUCAAAAACUAAGCAGGAUAGUAAUAUUAUACCUUUGAGCUCCACAGGAAGUAUAGCAGAAAUAGACGAUUUAAAGAUUUCAAACGAAAAUUUAGAUGAUUAUAAAUGUAAAUAUGUCAAGCUGCUGAACAGCAUUUAACUUAAGUCCAAAAAUAAAGUUUAUAGAUUAAAAUUAUCACCUAAUUAAAAGUAGCUUUCUGUAACUUGUGGAGGAUGGAAUAACUCUUCUGGGGAUUGUCUUUUGUAUGACUUGGAUUUUUACUAAAGUGAUUUAUAGUUGAAAAAAAUAAUAAAUUAUAGCUAAAUUAAAUUUGUUGAUUCAGCUUUUUCACCAUGUGGAAAGUUUCUCUUUUUAACUGCUAGUAGUAGGGUGUUUGUCUAUAAAACUGAAUAUUAAAUAUCUGGUAAAAACAUAGAUAAAAAACCUGUUUUGAAGAUAUCUACAAUAUAUGAAGUGAGAGCUGUUGAAGUUUAGACUAAAGUAGAUUAGGGAGAUGAAAAUUAAAAAGAAAAUGAAUUAAUAGCAGCUAUAGGAGGCCAUUCUUAUUUUGAGUUGAUUACUGUUAAAUUAAAUUCAAAUGAUAAUUAGUACUCUUAUAAUAGCGAUUUUAUAGCAGUGGUCUAGGGUUAAGUUGAAAACAUUAAAUUUUGUUUUAAUUCCUAAUUUAUAGCUUUUUCAGUUUAUGAAACUUAACAAAUAUCCCUUUUUGAUAUAAAAUAAAAGCAAAUAUGCUAUAUUUCACAACCAUUAGGAUUUUUUAUUUGGAAUAUGUAAAUAGAUCCAAAUUAUGGGUUUAUAGCUAUUUCUGGAGAACAUUCUUAGAUACAAUUUUUUUCAUUAGAUUAACAAAAUUAUUCACUAAGUAUGCUUUCAAGCAUUGAAACUUAGUUUUCAGGAAUAAUAACAGCAUUUGAUUUUUUUAAAAAUUAUGUAUUUAUUUCAUGCUCUGAUAAUUCUCUUAAGAUAUUUAAAUAAAAAAACAAAUUAUAAUCAAAUGAAAUUUAUUAUGAAAAAAUCUAUUCAAGUUCACCUUUACUACACAAAAUGCCUACUUUAGUAUUUUGCCCUGUCUAUAAGUAAAUUAUUACUGGCUGCAAAAAUGGAAAGCUUUUAAGAUGGCAAUUUACAGAAGACUUUGAAGAAGAUUGA